AUGACAGGAAAUCUGGCCAAAGAAACCGGGGCCAAGGUCUUGAUGGUCCAUCAGCACCUUGCGCCGCAGAAUCCCUUUCCAGCGGCGUUACUUGAUAUAUUCCAGGCUUAUCUGACAUUGCUCGCACCGCCUGCUGGAUCUCCCCAUGAUGCCGUCUCGCCGUCUUCAAUAGUCGUUGCGGCCGAUAGCUCCGGUACGAGCCUUGCACUAGGGCUGCUACAGAUCCUACUACAACUCAAGCGCCAGAAUAAAUCGAUCCUGUUUCACGGAGAGACUCUCGAACCUGCUGUUCCUGCCGGAAUGGCACUACUUAGCCCGAUCACCGAUUUCGCCUGCAGCAUCCCCUCCCAUGAACGAAAUAUGAAAACAGACAUCAUCCCCUAUCUAAUUGAAAACCGGCCCUAUCUCGAUCCCAAGUUUCCUACUUGCCCACUGUGGCCUACCCGCCUCCCCACGUGCUAA